GGAGCCGCGCGCCCCCAGGUGGGCGUGCCUCCGGGGACGGGGCGGACACACCUGUUCCCAGCGCCGCCCCCUCCCGCUCCCGCUCCCCUUGACCUCCAGCCUUAGCCAGGGCCCCAGGAGUCCGGGCAACCCCGCUUCCCUCCCACCUACGCCGGGCCUUCCCCGCCCUGCGCUGUUGUUCUGGUUGCCGGGGUGUCCUGCACUGGUGACCGCUUGGCGAGGAUGAAAGUGACCGUCUGUUUCGGGAGGAUGGGGAUUGUAGUUCCCUGCAAGGAGGGGCAGCUACGUGUCCGAGACCUCACCCAGCAGGCUCUCCAGCGCUACCUCAAAGCCAAGGAGAAGGAUCCUGGUGAUUGGGUGAAAAUUCACCACUUGGAGUACAUGGAUGGAGGAAUACUGGAUCCAGAUGAUAUAUUGGCAGAUGUUGUUGAAGACAAAGAUAAGCUGAUUGCUGUGUUUGAUGAACAAGAAUCAAUUCCUAAGGUUGAGAGCCCUAGUGGAAACCUUACAGAGAGCUACAACCCAGAUCCUUUUGAUGCAGAAGUGGCCACCCAGCUGGCUGCCUUCAAACCCAUUGGUGGAGAAAUUGAAGUAACUACUUCUGCUCUGAAAUUAGGCACACCACUGUUAGUGAGGAGGAGCAGUGACCCAGCACUGGGCCCACCUGCUGACUCUCAUCCAGGUGCUUCACACCCCAGUGACCAGAAUCUGAAACCUGUUGUACCAGGUUCACCGCAGAGUUUGGAAGAUGGUGAAGUCAUGAGUAGUGGACAGCCAGAACUGCUGACAUCACAAAAAGCUCAACACACAUGCAGUGAUAUGACAAGAACGGUGGAGAUUUCUGGGGAAGGUGGCCCUCUGGGGAUACAUGUAGUGCCCUUCUUUUCAUCACUGAGUGGAAGGAUUCUAGGACUCUUUAUCCGUGGUAUUGAGGAAAACAGCAGGUCCAAACGGGAUGGCCUAUUUCAUGAAAAUGAAUGCAUCGUAAAAAUCAACAAUGUGGAUCUCAUAGACAAAACCUUUGCUCAGUCUCAAGAUGUCUUCCGUCAGGCGAUGAAAUCCCAAAAUGUGAUCUUACAAGUGCUUCCACCAAACAACCGUGAACAGUACGAAAAGUCAGUCAUUGCACCUCUUGCACUUUUUGGUAAUAGUGAUGUUAUGAGAACAAAAGUAUCCUCUCCAAUCCAAGUAAAGACAGCAUCGAAAACAAUCAAUCUGACAGGAGCAAGCAGUCUGGAGACAGAUACACAGAUUUCUAGCCAACAAACCAGGAGUCCUAGAAUACCAAGACUAGGAAGAAAGCCAUCAUCACCAUCACUUUCUCCCCUAAUGGGAUUUGGAAGCAAGAAAAAUGCAAAGAAAAUUAAGAUUGACCUGAAGAAAGGUCCAGAAGGACUCGGCUUCACUGUGGUUACCAGGGAUUCCUCAAUACAUGGUCCUGGUCCGAUUUUUGUGAAAAAUAUUUUACCAAAAGGAGCAGCAGUGAAAGAUGGUCGCCUGCAAUCAGGGGACAGAAUUUUGGAGGUGAAUGGCAGAGACAUUACUGGUCGGACUCAGGAAGAACUUGUAGCCAUGCUGAGGAGCACCAAACAAGGAGAGACUGCAUCUCUUGUCAUUGCUCGUCAAGAAGAAAGCUUCCUGCCCCGAGAACUGAAAGGAGAGCCUGACCGCUGCUGUGUGCUGUCCCUGGAGACUCCAGAGCAGCUGACCUUUGAGAUCCCUCUCAAUGAUUCAGGGUCUGCUGGCCUUGGAGUAAGCUUAAAAGGGAACAAAUCCCGAGAAACCGGAGCCGACUUGGGAAUUUUUAUCAAGUCUAUAAUCCAUGGAGGUGCUGCUUUUAAGGAUGGGCGCUUGCGAAUGAAUGACCAGCUGAUUGCAGUGAAUGGAGAAUCUCUUUUGGGCAAGUCCAACCAUGAAGCUAUGGAGACUCUUAGAAGAUCCAUGUCUAUGGAAGGGAACAUCCGAGGGAUGAUUCAAUUAGUGAUUCUGAGACGACUGGACAGACAGACAGAGGAGCGUGCUGACUAUGGGCUCUUUCCCAAGCCCUCUCUUGAGAGCUGUCAACAUUUUGUUACCACCUCCAGGCGCCAUGAGCCCAACCCACAUCCAUUCCCUACAUACAACCCACAGGAGAGACAAAAAGACCUGCUACUCUCAGAUGCUAACUGGGCUGAGAGUGACAUCCCGCCACCUCUACCACCGCAUCCCAGUCUGGAACUGGACUUUGAAGAUUAUAACCACAGCUCAGCAGAGGAUUCAGCAGUAUAUUGUGCAGGUCAGCAAGUCAACUUCAGAUCCCUGACACCAGCCAAGCAGCCUGAAUCAAUUCAUCUGAAAGCCUCAAAGAGCAUGGACCUUGUACCAGAUGAAAGUAAAGUUCACUCAUUGGCUGGACACAAAUUGGAACCUACUGGCAAAGAUUUUGGCCCCACUCUGGGUUUGAAAAAGUCCAGUUCCCUGGAGAGUUUGCAAACAGCGGUAGCUGAAGUCAGGAAAAAUGAUCUCCCUUUCCAUAGACCUCGUCCUCAUAUGGUGCGAGGGAGAGGGUGCAAUGAGAGCUUUAGAGCGGCUAUUGACAAAUCUUAUGAUGGACCAGAAGACCUAGAGGAGGACUGUCUGUCUGAUAAGAGCUCUCGCUCUGGCCAAGGAGCUCCGAAUUGUGAAUCUAACCCCCAGGGGAACACUGCACCAGAGGAUAUAGAAAAUAAGUCCAAGAAGAACAAAAAAAAUAAAGACAAGGAGAAGAAAAAGGAAAAGGGCAAAUUGAAAGUCAAGGAGAAAAAACGAAAAGAAGAGAAUGAAGACCCUGAGAAAAAAGUUAAGAAGAAAGGGUUUGGUGCCAUGUUGAGAUUUGGGAAGAAAAAAGAGGAUAAAGGUGGGAAAAAUGAACAGAAGGGAAAUCUAAAGCAAGGCAUACUCCAAGAAGAAGAGCUAGAGAAAAUGAAGGAAGAACGUGAAAGAAUUGGAGCAAAACACCAGGAGCUACGAGAAAAGCAGACAAGAGGGCUUAUUGAUUAUUCCACUGGCCUCAUAGGACCUCUUCAUGAUAUGGAUGAUGAUGAAACAGAUCCCAAUUAUGCCCGAGUGAACCAUUUCCAGGAUACUUACGUACCAGCUGGUGUCUACGGGUCAUCAUCACCACCAAGGGUCGGGGCACUGGGCUACCCACGGGAUGUCCCCUCACUCUCUCCAGAGAAGGAUCACUUGGAGGGGCUUUAUGCAAAGAUCAACAAGCCUUACCAUCCUCACGCUCUUGCUGACAGUGGCCGCCCAACAAGUGGACAUGCUGACCGAAUCCAGAAGUUACGGAAGGAAUAUCACCAGGCCAGGCGAGAAGGCUUUUCUUUAUAUGAAGAUGAUGAGGCAAGAGCAAGGCCUUCUGAUUAUGAACAGCAUUGGGUGUCUGGAAAAAGUCCAGAUGGGAGUUCAUACAACCUCCGCUUUGAGGGAAUGGAAAGACAAUGUACAUCCUUACCCAGGCGAGGACCUACAGAACCAGCAGAUUACCUAACAGGACCUCGGUUGAUGUAUAAGGAAAGGGAACUUCCUUAUUACCCAGGAAUGCAGCCUAUUCAUCCUCCCAAAGGAAGUUAUCCCCGUGCCCAGGAUAUGAGGGUGACAGAGCUUCGCUAUCCUCAGUAUUACCCACCCCCUCCAGCCACACACCACAAAGGACCCUUCCGACAAGACGUCCCACCUUCACCACCUCAACACCACAAAGUGCCAGUGUAUCACGAAAUAGGCAAAACAGGACAACGGGCGGCCAGCCCAGAACACUACCCAUAUAGAGCCCAGGACCCCCGGCAGAAGAACCCCAUGACUGCCGCAGUGUAGCGGAACAUCACUGAGAUCAGCACAGGCUAGGGACAAAACAAAGACUUCUGAAUUGGCCUUAUUCUUUUUCUCCAUUCGGUCCCCCAAAGUCUUCUUGGCUACAAAAUUCUCCAUGAACUGGAACCAUUCCUUCUACUGAAGGUACAGAUUAUGUUCUUCUCGCUGAGGAAAUCACUUAAGACCAAUCAGAGGGAGAAAAAGGGAAGGUACAAUAUGUCUGAUCAGGCCAUGAAAACAGUGGUACUGUACAUCAAAAUGCUCUUAAACCAGUGAAACUCAGAGCAGGAGUGCUAGCUACAAAGUAAAUAACAUCAUUAGACACACUAAGUGGAAUGUUCCAGGGCUAGAUAAUAUGCAUCACUGGACUGUUCCACACAUAUGGGCACAAAUGCACGAGCACACACACACACACACACACACACACAGACCAGUUCUGCUGUUAAAGAUUACCGCCGGUGUUAAGACAGUCUCUGCUAUAGAUCCUUAUCCAUUUGAGAGCCAAGCAACAGCAGGCUUUUGACAAUCAGAAAGCCAGUACCUACUGACCACGGUGUAUACAAGACUGCAAAUUUGAUAUCAUCUGGAGUGGGUUAUUAUUUUAACAACAGAAGGAAAAAGAGAGAGAGAGAGAGAGAGAGAGAGAGAGAGAGAGAGAGAGAGAGAGAGAGAGAAUGAAACAGAAGUGGGUCCUCAGAAGUUUUCUGUCGGAGAAAGACAGUAUUUCUUUAUCUCUAAGUAUCUGUCAGGGUCCUGGUACCGCCAGUCUGAUUGAAUGUUUCACAGACUAUAUACCUGCCAGCCAGGAAAGUGUUUGGUAAGCCUGAACAGUGCAACAGGAUUGUGGGUCUCCAUUCCAUUUUCCCUUAUUUUCCCUAUUAAAAUGAGUAAGGUAGAAAUUCACCAUCAGGACUCAGGAGGGAUCCGGGAGAUCAGCAAAAGCUGCUGAGAGGCUGGUAUUUCAAGGACCAAUCAAUCAUUAGGAAAGGAGUGGGGUCUUGUCACAUGCAGCCUAAAGCUAUAUUCCACAAGGGUAUGCUUGUAUUCACUCUCUCCUAGAUGGAGGGACCUUCAAGCCAGCAGGAGGGCCAAAGCUGGCCCAGUCCUUCCCCGCUUCCUUUCUGCCUUUUUCCUGGCCACAAUAUCAGAGAGGCCCCGGAUCUCAGAAGCAGUCCCAGGUUUCCAACCUGUAAUUAUUUAGCUGUCUCUAUUUUAAGGCUCCUGCUACUAUAGAUAAUCCUCAAUUGGGAAGGAAGAGAACCCUCUUGUUGAGCCUCCCAGGAGUCAAUGCCCUGGAGGUGCCAAUUCAGUAAUAAGUGCCAAACAAUACCCAUUUGCACUCCAGGGAGCUAAAUGCCAACCACAGCUGGGAGGAGCCUUCUUGGGUCUUUAAAACAAAAUGGCCCGGGGCGUGGUGGACAAACAGUAUGUGUUCAUGAAGGUUUUGCUCUGAUGUUGUUUGGUCUGGUUUGGUUUUGAAUUUGUGUGUGUGUGUUAAGCAACAGAGGGGGUAGGAUGUAGGAAAACACAAUUUGCAAAAAACUAACUUUUAAAGGCAAAUAUGAAAGAUAACAUAGGAGUUUUUGCGUUUAAGAAGAAAGAAAACAAGAAGGGAGAAGAUAGAGGGGAGAGGUGAAAAGGAAACAAACCAGGGGAAUUCUUUAUUUGUAGUCUUCUCAGUAGGGGAAGAAAAGGCAGCAGGGAAGAUCCUAAUACAGGCAGGGUAUGACAGGAUCAGAGAUUUAGAGCGGAAGACUUUCUAUUCCUCAGUUUCCCUAAGUAUAAACAUAAUGUUCCUCAGUCUCUGGGAGGUCAUUGGAAAUCUCAUAAUGUCAGAACUAAAGGGAGGGCAUCUAAUCCAUUUUAAAAAUGAAAAAUCUGAGACUCAGAGGGGGAAAGGUGACUAAAAGUGACAGGUCAAAGACUGCAGAGUCAGGAUUUGAACCCAGGUCUUCUGUCACCAAAUCUCCACUGUACCAUUAAGACUUGGGUUCCAGUGUCUCACAACCUAACUUGUUUGUAAAUGGCAGAGUAGAGAUCUUAAGGCUUUAAAAAUAAAUUUUUAAAAAAAUCUUCCAAAGACCAUAAGAUGAAUAAAUCAAUUGCAAUUCCUUUGAACUCCAUGGCCAUUUUCCACUUAUGAAUGGACAAUUCAAAGAUUGUAACUAGACCUAAAUGAGAAGGCAAACAAAGGAGUGUUUGAGGAACAUUCAAAACCUAGAGGCAGAACAGUUUGUCUAGAUCUGAGCCUCUUAAAAAGAAAUGCUAUAAGACUCUUCAGAGUGCUUCCUUAUUCUUAAAAAAAAAAAAGUCUAGAGGUCACCUUUGGCCAUUGCCCUUGUUUAAAAUAGGGGAGGUUGGGAGGAUUCAUUAAAUUAAAGUGCUGCUGAACACCAAAGGUCCAUCGAUCCCAAGUUAAUAUUUCCUUACUCCCAUGUGUCCACAGUGCCAUGGGUAUAGGUGUUUACUUGAUCCGUGCCGAUCACAGUCCAUCCUCAUCUUCUGAUCCAUGCUCCCCCAAACAUCUUCCACAGGGCAUCAACCCAAUAUAAUGGAGGCCUUCCCCUUGGUUUUUUUAUAUUUAGUAGGUAUCAGGAAAUCACUUGAGCAGUCUGUAAUCCAUUGCUCUUACAUAGCCUGCCUCCUUUUCCAAUUACAUGUUUCUACAAUAAUAUCAUUUACAACAAAUAAAAUAAAAUUGAGUACCAUCUCUAAAAAGUGAUAGUGACUACUGGUUUGGGAGACGAAGCAAUGUUGGAUAGCCAGAGGAGCAUCAAAGUAGGAGUUCGUAGGACUUGGAUCUGCUAAUACCUAGCAAGUCACUUAACCAUGGAAUCCUUGAAUCUAGGUCUUGAGCUAGAACCAGAAGGAAUUUAGUUCAGGGUCACUUAGUCCAACUACCUCAUUUUACAAAUAGAGAAACAGGCUUAGAAAGAAACUUUACUUUCCUCAUCUGUAAAAGAAGGCAAUCCAUUGGGCUUGAUGAUGUCUAAGGUUCCCUCCCAGCUUUGGGUUCUAAUCAGAUUGAUAGGGGAAGCAGUGUUUGGCAGGAUGACCCUUUCAAAUAUCCUUGAUGACAAUUUCUUGUUGGGGAUAUACCGGGAUGUUUCUUUUUCUAUCUCUUAACCUCAUGAGCCCAACUAUGGAAGAUCAGAACCUCAUUUGAAUUUCUGUUAACAGUACUCAGUGGAAACCAGGAUAAGGGAGCUGACAUGUUUUUUGCCACAUUCUAAUACAAGAGCACCUGACUUUAUUAAAAGGUUUUUCCACCUGUAAUUAUUUGGUGCUUGCUUCUACUUGUAACCUCACUGGGGAUCCCACUUGGGUCUCAAAGGAAAUCCUACCUUGGAGGUGCUGAGUCAGUACUUGCUUGUAGAAUUGCAGGUACAUCAGGUCCAGGGCUUGGGCAUGUAGGGGUCUGCUGAAAGGGGUGAUGAAGUCUCACCCUCAGUCCGGCUUAAAAAAUCUUGCAGAUGAAAAAGACAAAGUAAGGGGAAAUAUCCCUUGCAAUGAAUGGGUCAUUAGAAAUGAGCUCGUUGGUUCCUUCCCUCCCUGCCCCCACUCUCUAGUCUAGCUCUUAUGGGCUAGAAGCCAGAAGUUUCACCUUAUUGGAAAAGGAUGUGACCACAAAGAGGAGCAUCUGGAUAGAGGGCAGUAACACAAGGUUAAGUAGUCUACGAUGGGUGAGAGGUGUGACCUUAAUAGAAAGAAAGCCCUCAUUUUCACAUUCCCACUUGGAAAGCCAGCACAUACUCCACCUACUGCGCACAGACUCGGGUCUGAGCUUCCCUGGAGAAGGCUUUUUGUACUGUGUACACAGUCAAUAAAAAUGUGGUAACCUCAGGGAGGUAGCCAGUGCCAAGAAGGUCCACUUAAAGUGAGUGAAAAAUAAAUUAAGAUAGUUCCCUUUGCUCCUUUGAAAUAUAACCCACAUCCCAUUUGCCCUGGCUAGAAAGGAACUAAUAUUGUAUGGUUGUGACAGUGCCUUUAUCAAGCCUGGCAACAAUUAGAAACAGCUCAGAACUCGAGGGAGGGCUUAAUAAAUCACUACACAAUAUCCUUCUCAGGGCACCAUGGUACCAUUUACAGACCUCAUCUACAGUAUUUAGGAAAAACACAGCAUAAUCAGCAUGGGGUGAAAAACAAACUUCCGCUUUAUUUAUGGCCUUUAGAAAACUCAAUCAGUUGUCUCUACAUAGCUCAGAACUCCAAUAACCCCCCUGGAAUGCCAUGGCUGGUGCCACUUAGGGAAGAGCCAUCAAACAAACCCCUUCCUUGCUGCUAAUCUGACCCAAUAGGUCACUUAAGAUUUGAUGUUUUUUUGCCUUAAGUCAGUAGACAUUUUUACAGAGCCCUACUUUCCUCCUGUGUUUGAAGGAAUAGGUUUUAAAAAAAAGGUAAUAUCUGGAAAUAGAUCAUCAGAAGUUAUAGCAGUAGAAAAAUUCCACCCUCCAUUAGCAGCCAAAGAAGGAAAUAUCUCAUCAAUGCAUUGGACCUUUGGGCUGGUAGACUAUUGCUCUUGGAAUGAGGUAGGAGAGAAGGGCAGGUUGUGCCCUUCUAUAGCACUAAAUCCAAGGAGGCUUGAAGAUAGGUCAUGGUGAUUAUGUAAAAAAAAUUCAUGAAAUAGGAGCCAGGCCUGAGAUGAGAAAACAUGGAACUUCAGAAAAGUCAUUUGAUAACAGAUUGUUUUUCCCCUUUAUUCAUUUUUAUUGGGCAUUUACAGAUGCCCAGAGAAAAUAAGUGACCUACCUAGCAUCACAUGGCUAGUAAGCGUUUUCCAACCCAGGUUUUCCAGCUUCCUAGCUAUUUCCUACGACUGCAGAGAGGGAGCUUGGUGGGUUGGAUACAGAGGGAAGGGUUUGGAAUAAGGGAGAAUUUGGAUUCAAAUUCAAUCUCUCAUACAAACUGACUGUGGAACAAAGCAUAGGCGAUCCAUUUGAACUCUAGCUACUUCGGGCCACUCUCUAAGCCUCCGAAGUAUAGAUCUUUUGUCAGUCUGCAUCCAGUAAAAAAGGGUUUCUACACAGGUGGUUCCCCAUGGUGAUGGGUUCACGAGUCUGGACUGAUCUCUAAAGCCAGCAUCUUUUCCUCUUCUCAUGUGCUAUUCUGAGAUGCAAGCUGAUCUGGAUUCUGGAGAAUUUAGAAGGAAAGGAAAAUAUCCCUGAUAGGUUUGGUAUGCCUAUGGGCCUGGAAAACACCUCAUAAUUUGAAACAUUAAGACUCUGAAUACAGCUCCUUUCAAAGUGGAAGUCUCUCAACUGGAGAAACUUCUGUCCUGCUUUCUGAGUCCAUGAGUCACACUGUGGCCACAUCUGGUGCCAUUACUUCAGGAAGAGCCAUCUAGAGGAAUAACCAAAGAUGCUAUUUCUCAUCACUCCUCAUCCAUGUCCGCCCAGGAAGAUGUGAUAGCCCAGUGACAGCGGAGCAAGGAGUAGUCACUGGGAGAGAACCCUGCAGAGUGAGCUUUGUGAUCAAAGAGAAACCUUGGGCAGACUAAAAUUGGUACCACAUCACAUAUGCAGCCAGGUCUCAAGUAGACCAUUUUUCUAACCCAUGUCCCUAAGUCAUAAUAGCAUCCCUCAAGGGUUGAUUUUUUUCAAAGAUGGGCUAGAGAGCCCUAAUGUUGGGGGAGUUAAUGGCCCCUGAUUACACUUCUUGCCUGUAUCCCUGAUUGCAGUGAUUUCAGAAAGUAUUCUCACUCAGUCUGCCCUAACUAGAGUGCCGUUUACUAUCAAGACCUAAAAACAAAACCUGUUGUUUAUAAACUACUUUUUCUAGUACUUCCUGUGAUUUUAUGAUACCAAAUCUGUCCAAAAGUUCUAAAGAAAAAAUUAUGUGAAAUCCUAUUUUGGAAUAUAGGGGAUGAAAGGGGCGGAGUCUUUGCUAAAUUUGAAAGAUUGUUCCUUUUUGUACCACAGAGAGCAUUUGGGAUUUUUGUUUCAGAUGACUAUAUAAAUUGU